CCAGCAUCCUUCUGUUUCUGUUUCUUCCUUUCUCGGCCUCUGUAGUGUGAAUCGGGUCUCGGGGAAUGGCGUGUGCUGGAGAAAUCACAGCUGCCGAGUUCUUGAAGGGCACCAGUAGGCAGACUUUGUUUUUGCAGAGAAAUGCACAAAGACGACGGACCCAUUUGCUUUGGGGUACGCUUCAAAGACAGAAUUUAGCGGGGUGGGCGAAUAACGGUAGGAGGAUUUCUUUGAGAUGCCGUGCUCAAGCGAAGCCUAAAGCUGUGGUUUCCGAGGGUGUGGGCAGUGCUGUUGAAGAAGAAUCAGCUUUAAGCGAAAAACCCGCCAAAGAAGUCAUACAUUUUUUCCGCGUUCCAUUGAUUCAAGAGAAUGCAACUUCAGAACUCCUCAAAUCAGUUCAGACCAAAGUGUCCAAUCAGAUUGUUGGCUUGAAGACGGAGCAGUGUUUUAACAUCGGGCUUGAUUCGAGGCUUUCUAGCGAAAAACUUUCGGUUCUCAAGUGGCUCCUUCAAGAAACGUACGAGCCGGAGAAUUUGGGGACUGAGAGCUUUCUUGAGAAGAAGAGGCAAGAAGGCUUAAUUACGGCUGUAGUUGAGGUUGGGCCAAGAUUAUCAUUUACGACAGCUUGGUCUGCUAAUGCAGUAUCCAUUUGUCGUGCUUGUGGGUUGAGUGAAGUGACAAGAUUGGAGAGAUCGCGAAGAUACUUGUUGUACAGUAAGGUUCCUUUGCAGGAUCAUCACAUUUAUGAGUUUGCCCAAAUGGUUCAUGAUCGGAUGACGGAGUGCGUUUAUGCCCAGAGGCUGACAUCUUUUGAGACCAGUGUGGUGCCUGAGGAAGUGCGUUAUAUACCUGUCAUGGAGAGGGGUCGAAAGGCUUUGGAGGAGAUCAAUGAGCAAAUGGGCUUGGCUUUUGAUGAGCAAGACUUGCAAUAUUACACUAGGUUGUUUCGAGAGGAUAUUAAGCGUGAUCCAACGACUGUGGAGUUAUUCGAUAUCGCACAGUCGAACAGCGAACAUAGCAGGCACUGGUUCUUCACUGGGAAGAUGGUCAUCGAUGGACAGUCCAUGAAUAGAACUCUGAUGCAGAUUGUGAAGAGCACUUUGCAGGCCAAUCCAAAUAAUUCCGUCAUUGGGUUCAAGGACAACUCAAGCGCAAUCAAGGGCUUCCCUGUAAACCAGUUGCGACCUGUUCAGCCGGGUUCAACAUGUCCAUUGAAUGAAACAAGUCGGGAACUGGACAUCUUGUUUACAGCUGAGACCCAUAACUUCCCAUGUGCAGUUGCACCUUACCCUGGUGCAGAGACAGGAGCUGGUGGCCGAAUCAGGGACACCCAUGCCACUGGGAGGGGGUCUUUUGUCACUGCAGGUACAACCGGUUACACUAGUGGAAACUUAAACCAGGAGGGGUCUUAUGCUCCUUGGGAGAAUCUGUCCUUCUCAUAUCCAUCGAAUUUGGCUUCACCUCUGCAGAUCCUCAUUGACGCUAGCAAUGGUGCCUCAGAUUAUGGGAACAAAUUUGGGGAGCCACUGAUUCAGGGGUUCACCAGGACUUUUGGCAUGAGACUUCCCAGUGGGGAGAGGCGUGAGUGGUUGAAGCCUAUAAUGUUCAGUGGAGGCAUUGGACAGAUUGACCACAGUCAUAUAUUAAAAGGGGAGCCUGACAUAGGAAUGUUGGUUGUAAAGAUUGGAGGGCCCGCUUAUCGAAUUGGAAUGGGAGGCGGGGCAGCAUCGAGCAUGGUUAGCGGGCAAAAUGAUGCUGAGCUCGAUUUUAACGCUGUUCAGCGUGGAGAUGCUGAGAUGGCUCAGAAGUUAUAUCGUGUUGUUCGUGCGUGUAUCGAAAUGGGGGAGAAGAACCCUAUCAUCAGCAUUCAUGAUCAGGGAGCAGGUGGAAACUGUAACGUCGUCAAGGAGAUUAUAUACCCAAAAGGUGCUGAGAUCGAUAUUAGAGCUAUUGUAGUAGGCGACCACACCAUGUCUGUUCUGGAGAUUUGGGGUGCAGAAUAUCAGGAGCAAGAUGCAAUCUUGGUGGAGCCUGAAAGCCGUGAACUAUUGCAAUCGAUAUGUGAAAGGGAGAGGGUUUCCAUGGCCGUCAUAGGAAGUAUAAAUGGUCAAGGACGAGUUGUUUUGGUUGAUAGUCAGCUUACCAAAAAAUCCAAAGAAAGUGGACUCCCACCUGCUCCUCCUGCCGUGGAUCUCGAGCUUGAGAAAGUGCUUGGCGACAUGCCCCAAAAAUGCUUUGAGUUCCAGCGUGUGGUCCAUCCACUAGAGCCGCUUGAUAUUGCUCCUGGAAUCACAGUGAUGGAUUCUCUGAAGAGGGUACUGAGACUUCCAUCUGUUGGUUCGAAACGGUUCUUGACAACUAAGGCGGAUCGUUGUGUGACAGGUCUGGUGGCACAGCAACAGACUGUGGGCCCCUUGCAGAUCACACUAGCAGAUGUUGCUGUUAUUGCUCAGACGUAUAACAACCUGACAGGAGGUGCAUGUGCCAUAGGAGAGCAGCCGAUCAAAGGUCUUUUGGACCCAAAAGCGAUGGCUCGGUUGGCCGUUGGAGAAGCACUCACAAACCUAGUUUGGGCCAAAGUUACUUCUCUUUCUGAUGUCAAGGCUAGCGGCAACUGGAUGUACGCUGCCAAGCUUGACGGGGAAGGGGCAGCCAUGUAUGAUGCUGCGACAGCUCUUUCUGAAGCAAUGAUAGAGCUUGGGAUUGCUAUUGAUGGCGGAAAGGACAGUUUGUCCAUGGCAGCCCACGCCGCAGGGGAGGUGGUCAAGGCCCCUGGAAAUCUUGUGAUCAGUGUCUAUGUCACAUGCCCUGACAUCACCAAAACAGUGACGCCAGAUCUCAAACUGGGCGAUGAUGGUUUCCUGCUUCACAUCGAUUUGGCAGAGGGGAAACGAAGGUUAGGUGGAUCUGCUCUGGCGCAGGUUUUUGACCAAAUUGGGGAUGAGUGUCCUGAUCUCGACGAUGUUUCUUACCUUAAGAGGGUAUUUGACGGAGUUCAGAAUCUCAUUGAUGAUGAAAUGAUAUCGGCCGGUCAUGAUAUUAGCGAUGGAGGGCUCUUGGUUUCAGUUCUCGAGAUGGCAUUUGCAGGUAACUGUGGCUUUAUCCUAAGUCUGGAUUCUCGUGGAAAUAGCCUAUUCCAAACGCUAUUUGCGGAAGAGCUUGGACUUAUCCUCGAGGUCAGCAAGAAGAACUUGGAUAUUGUGUUGGGAAAGCUCUCUGAGGUGGGUGUUUCUUCUCAGAUCAUUGGCCGAGUUACUUCUACUCCCGUGAUAGAUUUGAAGGUUGAUGGGGUAACGCACCUGAAUGAGGACACUGCUCUCCUUCGAGACUUGUGGGAAGAAACCAGCUUUAAUAUUGAGAAACUCCAAAGGUUGGCUUCAUGCGUAGAUCAAGAGAAGGAAGGAUUGAAGUCCAGGCACGAACCUUCUUGGAAUUUGUCCUUCAUUCCUUCGUUCACUGAUCAAAAGUACAUAACUGCCUCUUUGAAGCCCAAAGUAGCUGUUAUUCGAGAAGAAGGCAGCAAUGGAGACCGAGAAAUGUCUGCUGCAUUUUAUGCUGCUGGGUUUGAACCGUGGGAUGUUGCAAUGUCGGACCUUCUUAAUGGAUCUGUCUCUCUGAAUGAAUUUCGUGGAAUAGUCUUCGUUGGAGGGUUCAGCUAUGCUGAUGUGCUCGAUUCAGCCAAAGGUUGGUCAGCUUCUAUACGAUUCAACGAACCUCUUCUCGCUCAGUUUCAGGAGUUCUACAGGCGGCCUGAUACAUUCAGUCUCGGUGUCUGCAAUGGAUGUCAACUCAUGGCCCUGCUGGGAUGGGUUCCAGGUCCCCAGGUUGGGGGAGUUCUUGGAGCUGGUGGGGACCCAUCACAGCCACGGUUCAUCCAUAAUGAGUCUGGCCGUUUUGAGUGUCGUUUCUCUAGUGUAACAAUAAAGGAUUCACCUGCCAUGAUGUUCAAAGGAAUGGAGGGUAGUACGCUGGGCAUAUGGACUGCUCAUGGCGAGGGAAGGGCGUAUUUCCCAGAUGAUGGUGUCCUUGAUCGUGUGCUGCAUUCACAUCUGGUGCCGCUGAGAUACUGUGAUGAUGACGGAAAUCCAACUGAAGCCUAUCCUUUCAAUGUGAAUGGCUCUCCUUUAGGAGUGGCUGCUAUAUGUUCUCCUGAUGGAAGACAUCUAGCUAUGAUGCCUCAUCCCGAGCGUUGCUUUUUGAUGUGGCAAUUCCCCUGGUACCCAAAGCAUUGGGAUGUGGAGAAGAAAGGACCUAGCCCAUGGUUGCGUAUGUUCCAGAAUGCAAGAGCAUGGUGCCUCGAGACAACUGGCAAAGCUUAAAAUUGCUGUCCAAUUGCAAGAUUUGUUAGAUACCACCGGAGCACCAGUCCCUUGUUCUAGACCUGGCCAUGGGAAUGAUAGCGACGCAGAAGAAUGGAGCGUGCAGAAAACUGUUACGGUUAAGGCGGUGUUGGAGGAGGUGUCUCAGUUUAUGGUGUUAUGUAGGAGCUGUGAUACUCAAAUACUUUUUCUUAGUUGACAAUACUCAGAGUGUUUCGACCACGAUCGCCACAAUUUUGAGUGUAGAAAGCCAGGAAUCUAAAUUCUCUCUGUGGUGAGAAGUGUCGCUAAUCAUAAUGACAACGCGAAGCUUUACGAUGCGGUUGCGCAAACAAGAAUUUUGCACGCGAAUUCAGAACGAGAAGUCGCAGGCCGCCAUCCAUUUCAGAUUGAAGUAACUAACCGAUACAGGAUGAAUCGAUGAGGACUUGAAGUAACCAACCGACCACCAUUAUCUAUGUACUAUGAAUCUCAUCCUCUUUGUCGCCAUGUACUUGUAUGCAUCUCCCUUUUUAUUGAUCAAACAACGCGACGUAUCACUAUCA